AUGGAGAAGUACUGGUUUGACCCCGCUGGCUAUGAAAGUCUCUACAACUGCAGCAUGUAUUCGACUGAGAAAUGGCAUAGUUUUGGGUACCCUAAUAAGUUUGUUGGGGCGUUUUACACCUUUAUUGGCAUCAUUUAUGAGAUACUUUACUUUCCGUGUUUAUACACGAUGUCAUCGCCUAAAUUCUUGAGGUUUUCUUGCUACAAAAUCAUGUUCUUCUUGGGUAAGUUAUUAUGUUAUAUAGCAUAUUACAAUACUAUUUAGUAUAUCACAAAAUUCUAUACUAAGUACUGUAUUAGACUUAAUCGUACUACAGUAAGAAAAACAACGUUGCUAUUAGUGGCUUCUGCUGUAUAAGUAUGGCAGGCUUUUGUAAUUGUAAUAGUAAUAUAACGGAAAGGCUUUGGUUGAGAAAUGAUUUUAGGCAUAAUAGACAUGGCUUGUAUAAGUAUCAACUCAAUUAUGGCUGGUUACUUUGCUUGGCAUGGUAAUGUUUUCUGUGAUUAUCCCAAGAUCAUGUACAUAAGUGGCAGUAUUUCUGUUGGUAGGUUGAUUACCCUACCCUACUGUACCCUACCCUAUCCUACUCUACCAUACCCUACCCUAUCCUCCCUACCCUACUGUAACCUACCGUACACUACCUAAUCUCAUUAACUUCAGGUCUAUGGUGCACUGCCUGUAUGUCAUGCAUGAUCCUUGCUUGUAAUCGAUGCUGUGACAUUCUAAUGCCCGAAUGGAUGGAGUACUUGUUUCAAGGAUGGAAGGCAUACCUAUGGUUAUUUGCCCCAUCGAUUUAUGGUUUGUAUUUUGUCUUUUUUACACCGCCAGUAAUAUUCACAUCAAUAUACGACGGUGCUUUCUUCGACCCAUUUGUUGGAAUGCCUGUGUCUGAUAAGGAGAGAGUAAGUUUGGUAUGUUAUUGUGGCUUUAUGGGCUUGUUGUCGUCACUAAUAUAUUAACUAUUCGUAUCAAAUGUACUAGGUUGUUCAAAUAAUUCUGUGCUUCUUCUCAGAGCAAAUUUUGGAGGUUAAGGGGCUUAGAUAUAUUUUAACAACCUAAUAUAUCAACUUUUAUAGUACACAAGUUGGCCCCAUACCAUGAACAACGUAACUGUCAUCAUAGUGCUAUGUAUCGCCUAUACAAGCAUUUGUGUCUUCGUAUGUAAAAAGAGUCAGACUAUAAAUGGCCAUACGACAAGCGGAUUGAGCUCUUUCAAUGCUCUUCAGAAGUCUGUAAGUUUACAAUUUACAAAAUCAGGUUAGAAUCGAACAUAUCACAGUAUUUUUAUGAUUAAGCUUUUUAUAUAAUUCUGUGCUCCCUCUCAAAUUGUUAAUGGAGCACAUAAUUAUGUGAACAACUUGUUAUCUAUUAUGGUCUUUACAAAAAAUAAGAUCUAACAUAACAAAAAAGUUUUAAAUUAAAAUGUAUGUACUUUGCAGCUGAUAGCACAAGCCACUCUUAUAUGCACCUUGAUUUUGUCCGCCGCCACAGUAUAUGUUCUAAUGCAGUUUAUCGAACUAUCAGGGUAUAUGGUUAUUGUAGGACAAAUUAGUUGGCAGUCGAGUCAUGGCAAGUAA